UUCAACUCAAUCUAAAUUUCACUUCCACUGUCUGUAAAAUUAGAUCUUGUUCCGAAAACAUGGGAGAAUCUGCUUGUCUCAUGCAGCCAUUCUCAUAUGCAGCUCCAGAGGGAGAUUCUCUUGGUGCUUUAGGACAGUCUGUGUCGUUUGGGAGAUUCAUGUCGGAGAAACUUGAUUGGGAAAAAUGGUCAGCUUUCUCAACACAGAACCGUUAUGUGGCGGAGGCAGAGAGAUACUCAAGGCCAGGAUCUGUGGCUCAGAAAAAAGCCUUCUUUGAAGCUCACUACAAGAAACUCGCUGCUGCAAGAAAAGCUGCUGCAGAAGAGGCACUGUUGCUUCAACAGCAAAGCCAUAAACCCGAACCAGAGUUGCUUCUAGCUCAACAAGGUACCAAUGGAGGAGGGAAGAAAGAUGGGCUGGUGUCAAAACCUGAUCUUGAGAUUACAAGAGGAUCUUUAGAUACUGAAGUGAAAUUACUUGCAGAAAAAGUAAGCAGAUUUAGUAAUAGACAAUCUGAUGAGAAAGAGAAUGUUGGGAAGGCUGAGUCAGAGAUCAAUGGGGAAGCUUUUACAGUUGAAGAAGCACAAGUGGAGAAGACGCCUAUAAUACUAAAGAAGAAAUCAAAAGAUCCGCAACCGAAGAGCAGUACCAAACCAAGAGUCUCUAAGCUCAAAUCAUCGGAGUGGACUCCAAGUCAAAAGCAUAGCAACAAGAGCAACUCCUACACGUUCACACCUGCAAAAGAGUUCAAUAGAUUAGUGUCCAUCAUAAGGAAGAUUGACGGGUCAAGAGCUUCUUCUAAACCAAACAAAGACUGCAAAACACCUCUCCGGACACCAUCAAACAAGGUGUCUGCAAAGGGCAUUGUGGAGGACUCUUUGUCAACACCUUUAUCAAGUAACAGAAGUAGGUGCAGAGGGAAAACAGCUCCUGAUUCUUCUGCCAAGACAGGUCGAGGAAGAUGGAAUUUCCUCCCAGCGGACAGGACACCGAGCUGUUUCACACCGUUCGGUUUAAGAACAGAGGAGAGAGCAGAGAGAAGAAAAAAGAAGCUAGAGGACAAAUUCAAAGCCAUGGAGCCACAGAAUGAGAAUCCGCUUGAGGAGAGGAGUGUGGGGAAAGAAGAGAGUAAACUACGGCAAAGGCUAUGCUUCAAGGCGAAGCCACUUCCAAAUUUCUACAAACAGAGACCUAAAUCCACAGACCAAACUAAGAAAGCUCUGUUACAGUAGCGCAGAGAGGCGAUAACGAAAUCAUCAUUUUUCAGAGACAUGGUUGUAUUAUAUAUUGCGCUGACUUGGCGCGUUUGGGAAGAAGAAGGAUAAGACAUAUUGAAAAUGGAUUUAGUUUGGUUGGAAUCGUUACAAUGUUUGGGAAUCUUAUUUCAAGUUUCGAA